GAGGUUGUAUCUCAAAACGACGACGACAACGACGACCAACGACCAAACCCUCUUCCUCUCUCUUUUCCUCCCUUUUCCUUUCCAUCUUCCCGCCUCGCAACAGAAGUUCCCGUCCAGAUUCCCGUCGUCGUUCAAGAUGCACUACAUUUAUUCCCAGGAGACAUUGCCGAUUCCCGACGAUGUGAAUGUGCACAUCCGCUCGCGGGUCGUCACCGUGGAGGGACCACGAGGCAAACUUGUCAAGGACCUCUCCCACAUCGCCGUCUCCUUCACUAUGCCCAAGAAGAGCCUGCUCGCCAUCGAGAUCCACCAUGGCGCCCGUAAGGCCAUUGCCUCCCUCCGAACCGUCCGCACCCUCAUCAACAACCUGAUCAUCGGCGUCACUCGUGGCUUCAAAUAUAAGAUGCGCUACGUCUAUGCCCAUUUCCCCAUCAACAUCAACAUUGAGAAUAACAAGGAGACUGGACUUGCUGAGGUUGAGAUCCGAAACUUCCUGGGCGAGAAGAGAGUCCGCCGUGUUGUCUGCCAGCCAGGUGUCGAUAUCAUUGUCUCCCCCAACGUUAAGGAUGAGCUACAACUUUCCGGAAACUCGCUGGAGGGCGUUUCACAGAGUGCUGCCGAUAUCCAACAAAUUUGCCGGGUCAGGAAUAAGGAUAUCCGAAAAUUCUUGGAUGGUGUGUACGUUUCGGAGAAGGGCAAUAUCAUUGAGGAGUAGAUAGGUGGUUACUCGUGUUCACUAUUUUAGACGAUAUAGCGAGCGGGACAAGGAAAAAAAAAGGGAAAAGGGGGACAGAGGAAGGAAAAUUAAUUUUCAAACAA